AUGGUGGUCUUCGUUGACUACGAUCACGACGCGUUCAACAGGCAUACUUUCCCUGGCGUCCCCGAUACACUCCUGCAUCCUUCCUUAGAACCUCAAAAGCCCACCUUGUCCAAGUUGCUGGCAGUCGGUCCGGAUCCAUCGACGAACGUGCCUGCGGCUCAUGAUCAGUCCGCCGCUCCGUCACAGAAUCAUACAGUCAACCAUGAAGAUCAACAGCAUGCUCUCAACCGGAACGCUUUUUCGGCCGCUCUUAGCUGCUAUCCGAUCAUAAAGGAAAUUGCUCGAGCAGUCGACCUGAACACCUUGCAUGCCCUCUCCCAGACCUGCCGCCAGUUCCACGCAAAUCUGGCCCCAUACCGCUCGCUGUUGAUCAAACAGACUUUACGCUGCGAGAAUGAGUACAUCGAGACCGUAUCGGACAUGCUCGACAGCGGAGCAGCAAUUCCCGAUAGCGUCAAGUCUGUGCUGCAAAUAUUGAGUCAGAACGCGAGAGCAUCGGGCCGAAUAACCACUGGCAAGGUUGCCAAAUGCGCUCGAGAUAUGGUUGCUGAGUGUCGUCGAUGCUCUAAAGUGGUGUGCCGGAAUUGCACCAUUAAGCCUCCCUCGAGCAGCAUGUAUAAAAACCGCAUUCGCCGUCUCUGCACAACCUGCCAGACAGCCCCGUUAACUGACUUGAUUGAUCCAUUGUCUCCUUCGUCUCAGUCUGCCAUGGCUCACGAAUCAUCAGCACUAAACCCAACGCCAACGUCCAUUGCGUUUCAACGGACUCCAUGCAAUUGUUAUGAAGCGAUCUGGCUCUGCCAUCAAUGUGGUCACCGUGUCCGCAGCAAUGACACCACCUACCGUCGCGUCUGGACCUGGCGUACACGUUACAGCACCUAUCUUGGUGGUCUAGGCACAGGGAUCGGCGAGGGCUGUCAGGGUGUCAAGUGCGGCCGAGGGGAACAAUGCCUUGCAGCCAAAGAGAUUGAGCUCGAGGUUGAAUGCGAAGCGGACGAGGCGUCCGGGGGUAGCUCGCCGGAUUACAGUCAUUACUAUGAGCAUCGGAAUCAUGCGCAUAGUCCUCCCAGACACACCACCAUCGAAAGCUGGGACCACCGCGAGGGGGACGAACCCGGGUAUUUCCGGCAGGAGAUCAUCGGGAUCGGAGGGAGGGUGAAGCAGAAGGCGAAGAAGAGAAUUAUAGUAGGAGCUUGUGUGGCGGAGCAUGAAGAUGAGAGGGAAACAGGAGAGUAUCUCACUAGGGAGGAGAAGGGAGAACAUCGUAGUUGGUGCGGCUGGUGUUGGAGAGUCAUCCUUGCGAAAGGGGAGAUUCAUUAG